AUGCUCAAAAUGCAGUCUAUUCGCGCUAGACAGUCUGUAUCGCGGGCGUUGGCCUGUCGCAUCCCCGCACGCUCCAUCGGCACAUAUGCGACCUUUAAAGUGCCUCAGAUUAACAACGAACCAAAUAAACAUUACGUCCCCGGUUCUCCAGACCGUAAGGCUCUGGAAGAAGCUUUGGCCAAGCUUAAACAGAAUGGGCCUUUGUCUGUCCCGCUGGUCAUUGCUGGAAACCAGAUCAAAAGCUCUAAAAUCCUCACUCAGAGCAAUCCUGCGUCCCACGCUCCCGUUGCCACCUACUCCCACGCAUCCAAGGCUGAUGUUUCCGAUGCCAUUGACUCUGCUCUCGCCGCACGAAAGUCAUGGGCUGCAACUCCUUUUUCUGAGCGUGCGAGCAUCUUUCUCAAGGCUGCUGACUUGAUUGCUACCAAGUAUCGUUAUGACAUCAUGGCAUUGACUAUGGAUGGUCAGGGUAAAAACGCCUGGCAGGCCGAGAUCGACUCCGCUGCGGAGUUGGCUGAUUUCUUCCGCUUCGGUGUCAAGUAUGCUGAAGAGCUUUAUGCUCAGCAGCCUGUUCACCAUUCUCCUGGUGUCUGGAACCGUCUUGAAUACCGUCCUCUCGAGGGCUUUGUGUACGCUAUCAGUCCUUUCAACUUUACUGCCAUUGGUGGUAACUUGGCCGGUGCACCUGCUCUGAUGGGUAACGUGGUACUGUGGAAGCCUUCGGAGGCUGCAGUCGCCUCCAACUGGCUUAUUCACCAGAUUCUCCUCGAGGCUGGCCUCCCAAAGAAUGUCAUUCAAUUUGUUCCCGGUGAUGCAGAGGAGGUUACCAGCACCGUCCUGGCUCACCGUGAAUUUGCCGCUCUCCACUUCACUGGUAGCACAGAUGUGUUCCGCAUGCUCUACGGCAAGAUUUCCGAAGGUGUGGCAGCUGGUAAAUACCGCAGCUACCCUCGCAUUGUCGGCGAGACCGGUGGCAAGAACUUCCACUUGAUUCACAAAUCGGCGGAUAUUCGCAAUGCGGUGGUACAGACUGUUCGUGGUGCCUUUGAGUUCCAAGGUCAGAAAUGCAGUGCCACUUCCCGUGUCUAUGUGGCAUCUUCCAUCGCGGAUGAAUUCGCAACCCAACUGGCUGCCGAGGUCAAGGAAAUCAAGACCGGUGAACCAUCAGAAUUCACCAACUUUUGCGGCCCAGUCAUUCACAAGGGCUCCUUCGACAAGUUGGCUGGUGUGAUUGACGCAGCUAAGAACGACCCUGAGCUGGAGCUGCUUGUCGGAGGCAAGUACGACUCAAGUAAGGGUUGGUACAUCCACCCUACCGUGUACCGCACCUCGAACCCCGACCACCCUCUUCUGUCCCGUGAGCUGUUCGGACCCAUUCUCGUCAUCCACUCUUACAACGAUGCAACCGAGGCCGACUUUUCCAAGAUCUGUGAGAAGAUCGACAGCACAAGCACCUACGCCUUAACUGGAUCUGUGUUCGCCCAGGAUCGUGAGGCCGUUCAGGUUGCCGAUGAAGCUCUUCGCAACGCUGCUGGUAACUUCUACAUCAACUGCAAGAGUACCGGUGCCGUUGUUGGCCAGCAGCCUUUCGGUGGUGCUCGCGCCAGUGGCACGAAUGACAAGGCUGGAAGUGCCAACUUAUUGUCUCGCUUCGUGAGCCUGCGCUCUAUAAAGGAGGAGUUCAUCCCCACCUACAGCGUUCUCUACCCUAGCAACGCCAACUAG